CACACCCAUCGAUUUGUGAGUUUCAAUUUCUAAUUGCUUCCCAAUGGCGUCGUCUGGAUCGGCCGACGAUGAUUUCCAGUCUCGCGUUGCGAAGAUCUUCGGAUCUCUCCCCUUCUCUUGUCCUUCGUCUUCCAAGUUUUCUACGUCUUCUGCUCCGGCGUCGCGGCAGCAAUCGGGGUCGGUGUGGACUCUCUCCGAUACACAAGUAGAGAAGCGGGAAUGGAAGCGAGAUUCGUACGAUAGAGACGAGAUUCCUUGUGUUUCAUCGUUCGAUGAGCUGUUGAGACAACAAAGGAUCUCGAGCUCUGCUCGGAAGCCUUUAGAGGAUGAUCUCAAAGAUAUCGAUUGCGGCGAGGAUUUUGAUGGUGAGUGGAGUAUCAGAGCCUCCAUGGGACUUGACCGCACUCUCGAUGACGAGGCAGAGGAAGAUGAGUAUGAUAAAGUCGCACUAGGGAAAGAGAAUGACGGUGAAGGCUUGUCUAUGAAAGAUGCCCUUUCAAAACGGGAUCCUCGUGCUAACUAUGUUGCUGCAAGAAUUAGGCUGAAGGAAGACGGAAUCGAGGCCAACAAGUUUAAUACUUCUGCCAGUCAACCUGCGAAAAGCAAAGAGCCACGCGCAGAAGAAUCAUCCGAAGCUGUGCCGCGAAAACCUAUACUCAAAAGGAAGGAGAAUAGUUCAGAAUCAGAAGCAAGGACAAGUAAGCGAGUCAGGUUUGAUUUUGUGUCUGAAGAAACAUCAAAGAAACCUGAAGAUACUUGUUCAGCUUCUGUCUCCUCAACAAGCGUAUCUCAUCAGGGUAAAAGUGGUGCUCGGGUACCAGAUUACUUGCUAAAUCCUUCGAGUUACACCCGUUACAGCUUUGAUCCAUCUUGCGAAUUGAAUGAGAAGUCCCCAACAGGAGAAUACAUGGACACUCCCAAGGCUGUUGAAGGAUUAAAAACUCCAGAGUCAGAAUCAUUCUCAAAAGUCUCUUUUAUUCCACAGAAGAAGACCAAGGACGUAAGAGAAGACAGUAGUAACUGUAGUGAGACGAAGCCUGUUGUAGCUGGAGAGUUGGCAGAAGAAGAGAGACCAAGUGCAACAGAAGAUGGGGAUACUGAAGUAGGAGAAUCAGAGAGCUGCACCAGUUUCCAAAGGAAAGGUCGUCAAUAUCGUGCCAAGCGAAGUUUAGAUGAAACAGAUGUCUGAUCUUUCACAUACCAGUUGGUUGGAAAACGCUACACAGAGAUGAAGUUGGGGUCCAUGAGAUACAAACAUGUAGCAUCUUUUAGCAGUACAUGUAAGAUAUUUUUAAUUCCUGGACUUCUUUUUUACCUAAUUUAGAGACUAUAUUACAGCGAAUGUAUGGUAACAUAGUAAGAAACAGUUUACCUUUGA